AUGAGACAUCGCUGGAUUCUUUUUUAUCUGAAAUUAAUCUCUCAGAAACAGAAGGAGAAAAAUAUAGAAAUAAUUGAAAAAAGCCAAAGAAAGAAUCAUAUUUUAUCACAAGAUAAAGGAAAAGAGCUGCUAGAAAUUCAUCAGCAAUUAAAAUCAGAUUUAAUUAUUCCAAGACGGCCAUACUGGGAUUCCAAAACUACAGCAGAGGAACUUGAAAGAAAUGAAAAAGAAGCUUUUUUAAAUUGGCGUAGAAAAUUGGCAUUUCUUCAAGAAAAUUAUAAUUUAUAUUUGACGCCUUUUGAACGAAAUCUGGAAGUUUGGAGACAAUUAUGGAGAGUGAUUGAGAAAUGCGAUUUAAUUGUUCAAAUUGUUGAUGCAAGAAAUCCUUUAUUAUAUAAAUCUAAAGAUCUUGAAUCUUAUGUUGAAGAAAUGAAUAAAAAGAAUUUUUUGUUGAUAAAUAAAGCAGAUUUACUGACAGAAAAACAAAGAGAAUAUUGGGCGGAUUAUUUUAAAAUGAAGGGUAUAUCUUAUACCUUCUUUUCAGCAGUAGCGAAAAAAAGUAAUGAUGAUCAAUAUAUUAAUAAAAAACAUAAAAAUUCAUUAAAAAAGGUAAUGAAUGAAAUAGAAGAGAUAUUCGACGAAGAAAUUUUAGAAAGUGAGAAAGAUGUUUUUGAUAGUAAAUUAAAAAUAGAAAAUAACAAUCCACUUAAAGAUGAAAGAAUAAGAAUAGUUUCAGUUGAUGAAUUAAAGGAUAUUUUUUUCAAGGAAAUAGAACUAUUAAAUAAUAAUAAUACUGAGAAUUUCGAGAAAUUUUAUGUAGGAUUAGUAGGAUAUCCAAAUGUAGGGAAAUCCUCAACAAUUAAUUCUAUGAUUAGCGAAAAAAAGGUAUCUGUUUCAUCUACACCAGGAAAAACAAAACAUUUUCAGACCAUUCAUAUUACUGAUAAAAUAGUACUUUGUGAUUGUCCUGGACUAGUGUUUCCUAAUUUUACUACAACAAAGGAAGAGCUUGUUUGUAAUGGUGUACUUUCUAUUGAUCAGCUUAAGGAUUAUAUAAGUCCGAUUGCUUUAAUUGUAAGUCGUAUUUCAAAAGAAGUUUUAGAGAUGAUCUAUGGAAUUUCUUUGAAAAUAAAAACUGUUGAAGAAAAUGGAAUGGAAAUUCUUGCGGCUGAAGAAUUCUUAGAAAAAUAUGCUUCUAGUCGUGGAAUCGAUAAAUCUAGAGCUUCUAGACAUAUUAUUAAAGAUUAUAUAAAUGGGAAAUUAUUGUUUUGUACCCCACCUCCAGAAAUUGAUCCAUACAUGUUUAAUUUUGAAUAUUAUGAUUCAUUUAAAUUAUCCGGAGACAAGUGUUUACAAACUAAAGAUUAUACUAAAAAUGGGAUGAUUAGUAGACCAUUAAAGAAUAAUAAAAAACAAACAUAUUCCGAAGAUGAACAAUCUCUACAUACUAAAUUGUCAAGAUUUGAUAAAGAUUUUUUUUCUCAAAAUAGAUUAUCUUUAAAUUCAAAUCAAAAAAUUACAAAAGGUUUUUAUUAUAAAAAACAUAUAGGACCCUUCACUACGCAUUCUUUUGAGAAUUAUCAAAAUAAUAUUUUAAAUAAAUCUAAAAAACACUUUAACGCACAUAAACGAAAAAAGUAUUACAUUCAAGGAGUAGACUAA